CUCUAUCCUAGCUCUCGCAUCCCGCCUAGCCCGUGUGCGCGUAUGCAUCUGCACUCUAACCUCCUUCACCCGCUUGCCCAUUUUACUUCCUGGUCAUGGACUCAGGCGGGGUACACCGAUCAAUCUCCCGUCCGCGUCCUUCAUCCCGACCUACAACCCCGCUUCGGCCUGGUUCACGGACCUCGAUUCGAGAUUCCUACGCUUUCGGAGGAAGUUUGAAUCAGGAUGGUGUCUUCCAACCAGCCGUCAACGCGCUGGAACCCCAGUUUGCGGAGUUAGCGGAUUCAAUGGCAGAUCUCGAAGCCAAUUUUAUGCAUCUCCAGCUAAUGCAUGAGAGCUUGUCGCGGUUUAAUGAGAGCUUCGCUAGCUUCUUAUAUGGAUUAAAUAUGAACGCUUUUUGUGUUGACUUCCCCGAGGCGCCCAUUCCAGAUUCCUUCAAGAGAGCGAAGCAAGCAGAAGAUCCAAUAACCGCGAACGAACCAUUGACAACAUCAGAACAUGACGGUGAAACGACUUUCAUGACUUCUGAUACCUCCUUUGUCGAUAAUCCUCCUGUAUCAGCCAAAUCGAGCUCAAAAAGCACAGUACCCGCUUCCUCAACUCGUGGUUCUAGACAAUCCGGCCGUGCUUCUGUCGGAGGCCGCUAUUCGACUCGAGGGUCCACGCGCGGUCGUACCAGCGGGCUUGCAAGACCCAGAGCUCGUGGAAUUCGGUAGCUGACCAAGGAUACCUGACAAUUCAUUGAUAUACCUAAGAACUUCGCCCUUGCAACCGAAUCCUGCGUUCUUCGCGCCAGCAAGCAAGUUCUAACACUCCCGAUUACGAAAGCCAAUAAGCGGCCUAGGCUGUCUAUUUUAUCGCAAUCUAGUACUUGCAGAUUGAUUGGAGGGAAGGCUACGUCCCUGGCGUGCGUUGCCUAGCAGCGGAAGAGGUU